CGCGGUGCGAACGCGUCCCUCUUAUUCAGUCCACACAUGGCCGUGCACAUCGACCCUCGCUAAUAUUUUUGUUGCUUAAAAUAAGACAACUGCUUUUUUUGUUGUUGUAAAGCGUGUUUCCACUUUCACUCUGCUGCCAAAUGAAAGUCAAAGUCCUCUCGAGGAACCCGGACGACUAUGUCCGGGAGACAAAACUGGACAUACAACGUGUCCCUAGAAACUAUGACCCAACACUGCAUCCGUUCGAGGUGAACAGAGAGUACACGCGGGCUCUGAAUGCCACGAAGCUGGAGCGGGUGUUUGCCAAGCCGUUCCUGGCGUCUCUGGACGGACACAAGGACGGUGUGAACUGCAUGGCCAAGCAUGCAAAGAGCCUCUCCAAGCUGCUGUCUGGUUCCUGUGACGGGGAGCUGAAAGUGUGGGAUCUGACCAAACACGAGUGUGUCCGCACACUCCAAGCACACGAAGGGUUCGUUCGGGGAAUCGUCGUCCGCUUUUGUGGAACGUCCUUCUUCACGGCUGGUGAUGACAAAACAAUCAAGCAGUGGAAAAUGGAGUCGCCGGGUUACGGAGAGGAAGAAGAGCCACUCAACACUAUUCUGGGAAAGACUGUGUUCACAGGACUGGACCAUCACCAGAAGGAUGGUGUGUUUGCGACGUGUGGCCAGCAGGUGGACAUCUGGGAUGAGCAGAGAAGUAGCCCGAUCCGUUCGUUCACCUGGGGCGUAGACAGUUUCAGCGCUGUCCGCUUCAACCCGGUGGAGACAGAGCUUCUCGCAAGCUGUGCCUCUGACAGAAGUAUAGUGCUGUAUGAUAUGAGAGAAUCUGCACCUCUCAAAAAGGUUAUCAUGACAAUGAGGAGCAACACCGUUUGCUGGAACCCUAUGGAAGCGUAUUACUUCACUUGCUCAAAUGAAGACUACAACCUCUACACAUACGACAUGCGGUUCCUGGACCGGCCGAUCACAGUGCACAUGGACCACGUCUCGGCAGUGCUGGACGUCGACUAUUCUCCCACUGGCAAAGAGUUUGUUUCUGCCAGUUUCGACAAGACAAUCCGCAUCUUCCCCAAGGACGGUGGUCGCAGCAGGGAAGUCUACCACACCAAACGCAUGCAGCACGUCAUCUGCGUCAAGUGGUCGGCGGACAACAAGUUCAUCAUGAGCGGGUCUGACGAAAUGAACAUCCGCCUGUGGAAAGCCAACGCAGCUGAGAAACUAGGAGUGCUGACCCCCAGGGAGAAGGUGGCCGUUAACUACAGUCAGAAGUUGAAGGAGAAGUUCCAGCACCACCCGCAGAUCAGACGCAUCGCCCACCACCGACAUCUGCCCAAGAGCAUCUUCCACCAGACCAAAGAGCUGCGGGUUAUGAAAGAAGCUCGCCGCAAGAAGGAGAGGAACGUCCGCAAGCACAGCAGACCAGGAGCUGUUCCCGUGGUGUCCGAGAAGGAGAAGCACGUCGUCACUGUGGUGAAAUAAACAAACCCAGGAGAUGAUGGGGUGGAGCCCGAGAUGGCACCCGUGUGGGGGCUUUUUUUUUUUUGACCUCUCUUGACUCUUUACAAAACAAAAACACUGCAGCUUGUUGAUUGUGGGAAGGUCGAAGUGGUCCAUCAUUCUAAGCAUCAGGACACACACUGAAAACAAUUCUUGUUAAGCUUUAACCUUUGGCCACUGAGGAAAAGAGCAGCUUUUCAUUCUUGGGAUUCUUUUUUAAGUCGGGUUUUUUUUGUCUAACUUCAAGUUUGCAUUUUCCAUCACAGGAGCCGAGAACACCACAACGAUUUAGCAAGUUCAAGACAGAUUCAACUGAUUGUCCCUUGACUUGGUGCCUAUUUACAUCAUGCGUGCAAAAAAUAAUGUUUUAUUAGAUAUAUUUAAUUAUUCUCCCAUGAAUGAAGUUCAAGAUAUGUGCCACAGGUUAUUAUUAAAAGUACAACUUCAUAUAAAUCGGGUCGUUUGAUGUGUAAAGGUAAAGCUGGUAAUAUCCUCCUCCUGGCUGUAUCCAUGGUAAUCUUUCAGGACAUCUCGUGAAUUAUUUUUUGCCAGUCUUUCAUAAUUUACACGUGAUAAAUCAUACGACUCGGGCUAAUGGGAUUCAAACCCUCCCUUUUUUUUAUUUCUGCUACAGACCCAGUUACAAAAGUUGUCAAUCUUGCACCAUCCCACAAGUUUUAAUAAAAGCGUCCUGAAUCCUCGAGAAACCUAAAGGAAAUACACAGUAUAUAUCUGCACCGGUGGAUUUCUACAAUUCUUUUUUUUUUAUUAUUAUUCUUUUUUUAUUGUACUAAACAUUAAAUCCUGAAAAACUGCA